GAAAAGCAGCAAUGCACCGUGUAGAUAGUCUUGGAAUUCUAUCAAGAAUGACUCAGUUAGGAUGUGUCAUCAGGCGAACAUACUCUGUUCCUUGCCCAAAGUAUUUGGUACAUAUUGACACAAACCAUACGCUGAUCAGGUACAAUAUUGUGACCUUUGGAGGAAUUGAUGGCUUUUCACGUAAGAUCAUGUACCUGAGAGCUGCAGACAACAACCGAUCUGACACAACCAUGUCUUUCUUCAGUCAGGCUGUUGAGGAAUUUGGAUACCCACUGAAAGUUCGAGCUGACCAGGGAGGAGAGAAUGUUGGGGUAGCUUGUCUGAUGUUUACUGUGCGUGGGCCAGAGAGUAACUGCUUUAUAGCUGGCAAAAGUGUCCACAAUCAGAGAAUAGAGCGGCUCUGGCGUGAUCUCUGGAUGGGCGUCACCAGCUUGUUCUAUCAAAUUUUGCACACGCUAGAGGAUGAAGACAUGCUGGAUCUGACCAGCACUCUUCACUUGUUUUGCUGCCAUUAUGUAUUUCUGCCCAGACUGCAAGAAAACCUUGAUGUGUUUCGUGAGGCAUGGGACAAUCAUCCACUGAGAACUGAGCAAAACCUUACACCAAACCAGUUGUGGGAGGUGGGGCAGAUGGAACAUCCUAUUGCCAAUCCAGAGGAGAUAAACAUUCCUUAAAUUGACUGGGAGGACAGUGGUUAUAUUGAAGACACACACACUGUGGUAACUGUCCCACAGUUUGACUGCCCUCUAACAUCUGAACAAAUGGAGCAGUUAAGGGAACAUAUUAAUCCCUUACAGCCCUCUGACUCCAAUGGCGUUGACAUUUAUCUUAACACAGUUCAGUAUGUGCAAAAUUUGCUUACGGAAAGGUAGAUCAUCUGCUUUUCAACCCUGCUGCUUUUUACCAGUAAAUGUCUUUAAAUCAGUAAUCAAGAGUUGUUGAAUGAGCAUUUAUUGUCAUGACACGAUACACGGGGAAGACGAGGAAAACCCAAACGCAGACUUAAAUAAACAAUACUUUAAUAAACAUGAACAUACGGAACAAAAACACCCACGAGGGGGUAAAACAUAACAAUGACAGGUACAAGAACUACACU